AUGCAGGUAGAGAUUGCUGCUAUUCUGGUGGCCAGGAGGAGGCUGCAGCAGCAAGGCUUGAAGCAGAGAAGUGGGAUGAAUGGAGGGGCAAGAGCAGGUGAAGAGGGAUCUGCGCCUGCUAUUGCUGCUGCAAGCAUUGAUAUGAAUGCCAGACUCAUGCCUGCCAAAACGCUCGUGCCUGUCAACACGAAUUCUGUGGUUGCUGCACUCACGUACCGGUGCAUCACCUGCUACGGAACUUUGAUGCAUUCAGUGUGCAUCGCUGCUGUCAUUGCCAACUUCGCCUACCGCGCCGUCAGCCAUCUGUUCUCCCGCGUGUUCUUGGUCUUCCCGCCAUCCUCCCCUUGCUUUGACGACGUCGUUGAGUGCUUGGACUUUCCACUGCGCUUGCCCAGGCCCCUGAACCUGCAUAUGCUGCUGAGGCGCGCCGAGCAAGUGCCUCUGUACUUUCUCAUUCGCAUGGCAGCGUAUUUCUCACAUUUUCUUUUGGGGAUGGGUGAUGAGUUCAAGACCGAGUACAGUGGUAGAGGGCAGGCGAAGCAGUCCAAGGUGCAAGACUUCUGGGAUGGUGAGGCGGAUCAGGAGAAUGGUGGAGAAGUAAGGGAGGAGGUGCGGAUGUGGUACUCCGCAGCAAAGGCUGCAUGA